AUGUUUCUGGUUGCCUGGCUGACACAUUGCAGUGACUGUGAGGACUGGAUCAGACAACACAAUGAAGAUCCUGGUCGAACCCGGCUGAAAUCUAAGGAGGACGUUCUUGCUUGCCACAAAGAGCUUGCAGUAGAGAAGAAGACCGGAGGCAAGCUGACAGCGCCUAAGAAGCAGUUCAUCCUCAGCACCCAUUGGAACGAAAGCAAACAUGGCAAAUGGGAUGCCUCGAAGGAAACUGAAAUAGAGAUCAGGGGCGUGAAACAAAAGGGAUGUUGGCGAAGUGUGGGCGAAGAAGGAGUUUUCGAUUUCGAGGAGUUUGAGCAGACCGAUGUUUCAGAGCGAAUCAUAGAGCACGAUGCGAACGAUGUGGGGCCUUUGGCCGACGUAGCUUUCGCACUAAAAAAAGAAGCCGUGCAGCAAGCCAUGCAGUCCCAAAGCCAAGCAAGAGACAAAGUGGCCAUCAAGGGCCCUGACAUGAGUAUGGAAAGCCUCAUGGAAAUUGUCAACCUUGGGAUGUCAGCCUCGUCCUCCUCAAAGGACAGGCCUAAGGCCCGGUCUUGCGGCUCCAGCCAGAGUUCCGGAGACGGCGGCUCAGACUCAGAAAGUCAGAGUGCUGCAGACGAACCAGAGGAAGGCAUGGCUUCCAUGGCUUUGCUGGGGUCUGCGACCAAGAAGUCAGGGCAAAGCAAGGCAACAGCAAAGCCAAAGGUGAAGGCUGAAGCGGCUGAAGGCUUGAAGCUGGAUCCGAGGUUGAACUUGGACGUCUUGGACCUUGGAGGCGGUUCGGACGGUUUAGGGACAUUGCAGCUGGAUGGCAGGGCCAGUCGGACAUUGACUCGCUUGCAGACAGCCAUCUCCACUUUCGAAGUCAACAUGAAAGCGCUUGAUCUUCAGGAUCAGCCGGUGUCUGCACAAUUGUCGCUCAAAGACUACAAGGCCAUGUGCCAGAAGCGCGUCAGCUCGCUGACUGGGUGGAUGAAGCCGGCUAAGGAUGAUAUCAAAAAAGUAGAGAGAAGCACGAACAAAAACUGUUUUGCCGACCAGCUUCGCUCUCUUGAGGAGCUUGUCGGCAUUGCCGGUGUUCUUGUCAAGUUGUUGACUUUGAUGCCUGCGCAAAAGCCUGACCCUGAAGAGUUCCUGCGGUUGCUUGAAGAGUUCGAUAAAUUGAACGAAAGCAGCGGCUUGAAGUUGGGCCUAGGGCCAGGUUUUGUCUUGAAGAGCCUCAUGGCUCGCGCGAAUGAGUCGUGCUUACACAACGACUUCAGUCGUUUCACAGGUUUCUUCAAAACAAGUUCAGCAGACGUCGUCGCUCUCAAUAAGCUCAUGAAAGCAGAGGAUGUGCAAGCCCAUGUGGUGGUUGAGAUAGAGAACCGAUUGCUUUCAGCAAUGCGCGCAAUCACGCCAGCAGAGCUGGAGCUCAAGUCUUCAGGCAAGGCUACCCCAGAGGAUGCGCCCAACAUGCAUGAGGCUUGCAGCCUGGCUUCAGCCCUUGUUGAAUCAGCCCAGGGGCCGGACUUUCUGGCUAAAGAUGUUGCUGCAAGCGCCAGGGUUGUUUAUGCCAUGCUGGACCAGCAGGACAUCGCAAGCUUGAGAGAGAGCGUGCAAAACAUCCAAAGCUACUCUGGGAAGAAGCCCCAAGAAGGUCAAGAACGUGCUGAGGAACUGAACGCAGUCGUCCGUUUUUUCUUGCAGCACGACGUUGGCAAAUCAGUUAUGGGCAUGGCUGUGCAGCGGCUAGAGCAUGGAGAGGCAGAGGCAGAGUUCCAAGAGAUUUGCGCUCAUUUGGAAAACCUGAUUGGUUGUGCUGAAGUCCAAGCAAAGGAGUUUGCAGAGCAGAACAGCAGUAAGGGCAUUGCAGAGGUCAAGCAGUUGGUGGGCCCGGCUUUAAGCAAGCUGGACGAGUUGAAAGCUUGUCGUUUCGGGAAAUCCAAAGCUGCAAAGAAGGAGGGCGGUGCUGCUGGCACAAUUGCUGAGUUGCAGAAGAGAUUGAGCGAGGCAGCCAGCCAGCUAGUCACUGUCGAGUUGACCUUCACCCUGCUCGAGCAUUUGCAAGAGGGAUUCAAGAGCCUGGGCAAUAACUGCAAGGUCCAAGUCCCCGAUGCUGAGAAUGCAGACGACCAGGGCAUCAUCAACUUGGACCAGUUCAUUGCUGGUUUGUCUGCAGCAUCAUUUGUGGAGGACAAGCUGUGGGACUCCAUGCCAAGCGUUCUGGCUUGUGUCCAAGAGUUCAAAGACCUCACUGACAAGCUUUGCAAGCUUGUGAGAUGGGCUUUUCUGAAGCAGGAAGCUUUCAGGCAAAUGCGUCAGGAGCAGACAUCAACGUCAGCAGACGAUCUUUGCAAGUGGGCAGAUGCCCUUCGCGCGUCGCACUUGUUUGGGAUGAAGGAUCCGAAACUUGUCAGCGACAUACAGAAAUUGCUCUUAGAGCCAGUCGACGCAGAGCUUGCAAAGCUUCAGUCAGCAGGCUUGGACGCUGUUGCUCCAAUUGCUGAGCAGUUUGCGCAAAACGCUUUAGGCAAUGGGCUGUCCAAAGGCGUGUUUGAGGAGAUGAUGGUCAAGUUGCCACAGAAGCACCGGCUUCGCAGUCUGGUGCAGGCCUUUGGCCAGGCGCGAACCAUCAAGGGCAGUAAGGUGGCAAUGAUCCCAGGCAGCACAAAGGAGAAGGAGGAGGUGACAUCUCUGAGCAAAGCCAUGUGCCAGCUCCAUGUGGAGCUAAAAGCAGCCAUGGAGAAGCCCGAUUGGGAAUCAGACCUUGCGCGUGCGCAGUUGAACACAGCAGCAAUGCUGGAGCAUUUACAAACAAAGGUGGACAUGAUGAGAAGGCGAAUGGUCGCCACAGCCAGGAAGAGCAGCCUGGAAGCUUGGAAGCUGCAUGAGGAAUUACAAGUUCCUUUGCAGCAGCUUUCGACUCCAAAGCCCAAAGAAGAAGAUGCGUACAUGAAGGUGGUGGUGGGCCACACGUUGAAACUUUCCAAGGACUCAACCCAGCUUGCCGACACGAUCGACAGAGUGCAGUGCGUCAAGGAGAACCUAGACGUUCUCAGCAGCAUCGUCUUCGACCCUGAUUCGGUGAGUUCUGAGAAAGCUGUCAUGAAUUUCAAGGAUGCAGGGGACACCUUGGAGAAUUUUCUCCAGACAUGCAAUGAAACAGAAGCGGUGGCAAAGACGCACGUGUCUGUUUGCGCUGCUCUGGUUCUGCUUCGCAGCCAGAAACUUGGCUCUGAGACAAAGGAAGGCCAGGACAUGGCGACCAAGCUUGCAGAUGUGUGUGGUGCGCUUGGCAAGCACCUUGAACACUUGAAGUCUUACACGCCUUCACCUGCAGAGGCAAAGAAAGCGCAAUUUUACCAAGUUCGGGUCUUUGGUGAAGUUGUGCAUGCGGAAGCCAAGUCGUGGCUUGAGACUCAGGGGCAUGCAGAAGACACGAAGAAACGCAAGCAUGAAGAGCUUGCCGAUGAAGCAGGGGGCUCAAAGGCAGCAAGAUCUUCAGGAAAGCAGCAGAAAGGUGAUGCCUCGAGCAAAAGCACAAGCAAGGCAGGCAAGGACAAGGAUGACAAGAGUGAGAAGAAGCAAAAAGAGCAAAAGGAGAAUGCCGGGAAGAAGAAGGAAAAGAGUCUGGCAAAGGCAAAGAACGCCAGGUAG